AUGCCAGCGGUGGAAAAGUCAUACUCCCCGAUACAAGACAACACGCAGUCCGAUGCCGUCCCAGCUUCAGUAGUCCAUAGCCGUGAUUCUAGCCCGAUACCGACCAAUGCAUCCCUGCCCGUGUCUGGUGCAACGCAUACCCACCCUCGAAGAACUAUCACUGCAAGUCCAAGUCAAAACGCCGCGUCUGCCGAGGAAAACGCACAACGGCAGUUGCUCUGGUACAAUAGACACAGACAGCGGCUCGUUCCACUCAACCUCUCCGAACACCACAGGCGCUAUCUCGACGAUGAGGGCGCUUUCUUACGACUCCCCAAGUCCACGACGGACAACUUGUUGCCCAUCUACAACACCUUCCUGGACGAGCUGAUUCCCCUCCUGGACGGCAGAGCCAUGUUUCGAGACUACAGCAACGGACUGGCCUCCAUCUAUCUCGUGCGCGCAGUGUGUCUUGUCGCAUGUAAGACGAGGCAAGCGGCGCAGUCUCUGCGGCUGUACGACGACGGGCCGAACCUGAGCCAGGCUAGAUUCGCGGCAAGUUUGCUGGCCGGCCUUGACGCUGCCAUGAAGGCGGAUCUCGAGCCGGAUCGCGUCACCAAAAUCCAGAUCCUGGCCCUGAUGCACCUGCACAACGACGGCCCCGGCGGGGUGGACCGCUCGUCAAGCUACCUCGCGCAGGCCAUAUGUGAGGCCUGGUCCAUCUCGCUCCAUGUCAAAGUCCCGGUCAACCCGGACCAGGAGCAAUGCGACCUGCUAUGGUGGGCCCUGCGGAACUUUGACCGACUCAACAAGCCGGUCAUGGGCGCCGCGCCUUUCAUCAUCGACGAUACCGAUAUUGGAAUCGACCGCACGAACCCGCACCAGGGCAGUUGCUACAAGUCGCAGCUUAUGGCCGUGUCCCUCCGCCUGGGGGAUUUGACGACGGCGGCGACCAAGGUUUACAAAGCCAGCUCCAAGGCCACUGUCGACGACAACACGGAUUUCCCGACCUUUGCGGAACUUACGUCCGAUGUUGCCCUGGACCGUUUCAACAAGUCACACAGAUCGUACCUCCAAUUAUGGUAUCACAUUGCCGCCAUGCUCUCCUGCAGAUACAGUGGGCCGGGGAGCGUGCAGUACGCGAGACGUCUGACUUCCGCUGACUGCGUACUCGGGAUCAUUACUCAAGAAGGACCCAAUGGCUUGCCGCCGCUCCCGCUAGUACCAUAUGCCAUGUCCAUGUCUACCACUGUCAUCUACCGGGCUUUGCGGGACGGGGAGCGGCUGCCUGAAGUGGCGUACAAAGAUCUCGAAGAAUGUUCUCACAACCUAGACGCCUUGAGUCAACUAUGGACUAGUGCAAAGGGCGUUGCAAAGCUUGUUAGAAAGUUGCGUCGAUACACGAUCCCAGACACGCUUAGCAGACACCCCUCCGAGUCCAAUGCUGCCAACCGGACCCGCAGGAGCUCCGGGCCAGACUCGAGGGAACAGAGACCAAGCACGUGCAGUAGACCAAUGUUCGGAGCUCAUCACCGAGAUCAGGGGUUCGGCGGCUUACAACCCCCGGUUCUCCCCAUGUCUGGUUCAGCUCCGGAUCGGGACGUCCUAGCGAGAGAAGGCGGUUGUGAUAACGAAGUUCUGCAAAGCCAACACGACGAGAUUUGGAUGGACACUCACACACCACCAUACUUGGAGAUCGACAGGGCAUUCUUUGAUUUCUUUGAUUAUGGGAUGCCGAGCAUCUUCCGCGACCCGGCCACACUGGACUUUCUGCAAGGAGACGGCUACCAGGGGACUUUGCCAUCAUGA